GGUGGUGAACCUAUCGUUUCGCCUGUUGGGAAGGGGAAGGGUCGGGCCCAAUUAUCUCAAAACCAAUCGCAAUCUCAGUCUCAGUCACAACCUUCAAAUCAACAAGGGAAUUCUUCUGGUUCGGCUGUGCAGGGUUUGUCAGGGAACAUUGGUUCCGGAGGCGGAGCGAGUGGUGCUGGUGGUGCGGGAGGACAGGGGUCGAGAAGGAUGGUUGGUGGUGUGAGGGUUGAGACGAGAUAUACAGGAGAAGCAACGCUAGACGAACCUGUUACAGCUACCAUCGCACGAGACCUCCACUCCAUAUCAAUCAAACUGGUCCAGGUCCUCUAUCCACGAAGAUCUGGCGCUGGUCGGGAAGUACUAAGAGACUGGGACUUAUGGGGUCCCUUGAUACUGUGUUUGCUUUUGGGAAUACUACUUAGCUUAAGUGCACCAGCUGAACAAUCCCUCGGAGUGUUCACUGCUGUCGUCGUCUUGAUUUGUUUAGGAUCAGUCGUUGUGACUAUUCAAGCAAAGCUUCUCGGUGGACGAGUAUCAUUCUUCCAAGCCUUGUGUGUCCUAGGCUACUGCGUCGCACCACUCGACAUCGCAGCGCUCGUGUCGUAUUUCGUGCAUAUUAUCUGGGUACGCAUACCCCUUUCCUUGGGCGCGUGGGCUUGGUGUAUUUGGGCCUCUGUCAACUUCCUUGACGGAACGAAAAUCGAACAACAGCGAAUUUUGCUUGCGGUAUACCCUCUUCUUCUCUUCUACUUCAUUCUGGCAUGGAUGAUACUCAUUCAGUGAAGUCGUAGCCAUGUUCUUAUCUAUGCAUGAUUGUGCAAUAUAUA